AUGAGCCAGCCUCGCUCUGGCUGUAACAGUUGGUUAGAGGAUCUUAUUAACUUGCAUUCAGCAUCCAUUUGUGCUGCCACCUCCAUAGAUAUGGACCAUGAGCUGAAUAUCCCUGACUUGAACUUAGAUGUUGACCCCAAGCUUGAUGAGCCUGUAUUUGGACACCCAAGUUGGGAUGAGGGAUUUCAAGGUGGUGGUGGCGAGGGCGAUAGUCAGGUUGACGGGCCAACUGACUCAGGCUUCACCAACUGGUAUCCUGAACCCCCUCAAACAUAUGGCAAGGGCUAUACAUUCCUCGAUCUGUUUCAUUCUGACAAGAACAGUGUGUACCGUGUCACAAAUCAUUAUUACCCAUUUAGUGACCGGAAAGAGUGGGAGGUUGCAUUGUGGUUACUGCAUUCAGGGUUGAGCAUGGCAAAGAUCAACAGCUUUCUUUCACUCGAGAUGAUAAAAAGUCUUCCAUUAUCGUUUUGGUCAGCCAAGGAACUACAUAGUCAAGCUGAAACACUACCCAGUGGACCACACUGGUUGUCCCAAGUCAUCCCUACAGUACAUCCGACAAAAUCACCUGUCAUUUUGUAUUGGCGCAAUCCCCUGGAGUGCAUCAUGAGUAUUUUAAAUCACCCUUUCUUUCACGAUCAGAUAGAUUGUAUGCCUCGCAGGGUGUAUACUACAGCGCAGCGAUUGUGUCGUGUGUACUCUGAAUGGAUGACCGCUGAUGACAGAUGGAACAUGCAGUCAGCCCUGACAAGAGGUGCAACACUCCUUGGGACAAUUUUGUCAUCUGACAAGACCAAUAUCUCCAUAAUGACGGGUGACAGAGUCACACAUCCCCUCCUCAUCCGCUGUCUUGUUACUUAA